CAUGAUGCCGUAAUAACUGUGGAAAAAAUCAGAUUAACAACGUCAUGUGUUUAAAAUAUUAUUCAACCUAAAAAUCGACAGAAUUUAUCAUUUAUCAUAUUUAUCAAUCGAAUUUCUAAAAGGUAUUUUUGGAGAAUUAGGCUAUUUUGAACAUUUACCAAAAAUUAGUGCCGUCUCCCCUUUGGAAGAUUUCAGAAUUUUUUACUAAGAUUAAUAAAUAAAGCUCAAAAUAUUACAUGUCAUACUUCAUAGUGGACUCCAGAUCCUUAAAAUAUUCUACAAAAAUAUCUGUAAACUUGAUUUUAUUCGUGAACUUUCCUAUUUUACCGAUUAUUUGUUUGUUAUUGUUGUUUUGAAUUAGUCGUGGAUUGUUGUUGUUGUUUGUUUUGUCUAGAUCUGCAUGUCAGUUUUUAUCUCACCUAUUCCCGAUUUCGAUCAACCAUGGGUUUGGACAAAGGAAAGCAACAAACUGCCAAGAAACCUGGUUUCAACUGCAAACCGUUUGAGUUCGAAAUCUCUUCAACGAAAUUUCAAAUUCCCAACGACAAGCCAUUGAAGUACACUUUGAAAUGCACUGCUGAUGAGAAACAGGAUGUUAUCAUUCAAGUUCAUUCGGUUUUCUUCGAAAUUGUUGGUGCAAGACGCAAGCAUGGAGUCACUUCUCAAGAGUUUCAUGUUCUUGGAAAAAACGAAGAAAUGACUUUUGAGAUUGGUCUGAAGGAUUUGACCAAUGUUUCGUACGAUAAUUUCGAGCAUGCGCAACUUGCGUCUGCCGCUGGUUUUAUCACGUUCACACACUACAAGUCUUCUAGAGAUGAUGAUUCCGAUGCUUCAUGGGGUCCCAACAAGAACUUGCUCAUCGUCAUCACUGACGGAAUGGAAGAAGUUGGAUUCUGGAAGAAGAAAUUGUCGGUUGAAACUGAAACCGAUGAGAUGAAGAAGGUGAAAGAAGAGUUUGGUGUGAAACUUGAAGGAGAAAAGAAAUAUGAAGAGAUUGAUAAAAUGGAAAUGGAUAGAAUGAGGAAGGAAAUUGGGAAGAAUCAAUCGGCACGUGAUGAUGGAUUUGCACCAAUCAAGGACAUGCAUAAGAAGUAUUUGAAAGAGAAAUAUGAAUGUGUUAUUUCGUAAUUCAUUCGGUUUAUUUAAUAAAGUUUGCUAAGUAUUG